GCAGCGGAGCGCGUGUAUAACGGUCUGAGGAGGUGAGAGGAGCCACUUUGAAGAGACUUUUAACUUCACUCUCCUCUCCACUCUUUCUACUUUAUUUAGAUUUUUUUUUAAAAAGCAACUUCCAACCAAAGUUCUCGGACUCGUUUCCCUUGCUGUAGCCGGGGUACACGAUGGCCAGCUCGGGCAUUCAGCUCCUGGGAUUCCUCCUCUCUCUGGUCGGUGUCGCCACCACGGUCGCCGCCACCCUCAUGGUGCAGUGGAAGAAGCAGGCGCAGGGGAAGACGCACAGGGUGUACGAGGGUUUGUGGAUGAGCUGCAGCGGCAACGAGAGAACGACCUGUGAAUCCCACGAGUCUCUCCUGAAGCUGCCCACCGAGGUGCAGGCGACCAGGGCCGUGAUGCUGCUCAGCAUCUUCCUCUCUACUGUGGCCCUGCUGGUCUCCACUGUGGGAAUGAAGUGCACGCGCUUCAUGGAUGGAAAGAACGAGAGCAAAUCCACCACAGCCAUGAUCGGAGGAAUCAUGCUCGUGAUCUCAGGUUUAUUGACUCUGAUCAUCACUUCCUGGUACGUUAAAAUGAUCGUCCAGAAGUUCCAUUCAUCCAAUCAACUGCAAAGCUUUGAGUUUGGUAAGGCGGUGUUUGUCAGCUGGGUCGGGGGCCUCCUCACUAUGGCCGGUGGCACCUUCCUGAGCUGUCGUCGAUGCUCACGGUCUGAAUCACCUGAGUCCAGAAACUCCACCCUCCACCGGCCCACCACUAACGCCAAGUCCAACUACGUGUAGUCGGGGGGACAACUUGAUUGUUGUAAAUAUCGUGCUACAUCCAGCCAGUCAUUUCCAUGUUGUUGUUUAUUCUCGCGUCCAUUUUAAACACAUUGGACUUUGUCGGCCUGUUUGAAUUCAUAUGAAAUCAUAAAGUUUCUCUUCUCAGCUGCAGUGAAGAACACUUGUUUGAAUAGUUUACAGUGGAGCUGUAAAGUUUUUCACUGUGUAGCAGGACGUCUGUACUUUUUUUACAGUGUACUUUUCUGAACAGGUCAUUUCCCUUUACCUCUUCAGUUUUAUACAGAUUGAAUGUUUGUUUAUGUUGUACAUUUCAUGACUAAGGUUUCACAUCUUUAGUCCCGUAACUCAUCAAGUUGUUUUUCUACAUUCUACGGAAAUUACAAAGAUCACAGUUUGUACAUUUUGAGAUGAAAAAAUAAAAAAAAUUUGUUUUCAGUAA